CGACUUAACAAAAAAGUUUCGAGAUCUAUUGCUAGAGACGCCAAAAUGGAAAGUUGCUAAGAGAGUUACAACAAGUGAACUAUAUUACUGGAAACAAGAAAACAAUUGGAAAUUGAUGACAUAUCAUUGUAAAACUUAAAAGAACAAGACAAGUCAAAGAAUAUCAAAGGAAUACACCAAAGUGAAGGAAACAGCACAACCUGACUGUGUCUUGAGGACUAGAAAUACUUAUCUGCUACAAUUUUACCACGAAUUUUACAUUUAAAUAUACUUUACCGCAUUUUUGAGAAACUUUAUAUCUUGUGGAUUUUUCCGAAGGAUGGCCAACUUAUCACUUGUCUUAUUUUUCACUUGGAUAAGUGGUGUACUUGGAACAGCUUCACAGAAUUCUCGCUACACAUGGCCACACUUUGACCGAGAAGUGACUCAAAUUCCAAAACUACAUGAGCGCUUACUGGAAAACUUCAAGACCAGCAAGCCACAACUGCCAAUGGUAUUGAUGCGACCGUGCUUACAGAACCCUUGCCACAAUGGUGGUCGAUGUACGUAUGACAUUAGGCACGGUGUCCGCUGCCUCUGCACGCAUUUAUAUGUUGGUGAAAACUGCGAACACUUACUUCCACCACCGUCGAAUGUUACGAUGACACAGGCUUCAGCGGACUCCGUGACUGUGGCCUGGACAGGGCCAAAGGUACCGAUCAAGAUUUCAGGAUUCCGCGUGCAAUAUAAUAUGUUUGGCGAUGGAUUAACGUUGUACAGCCCUUUGAUUCAUCCAAGCGUCUAUAAUUACUCUAUCACAGGAUUACUUCCACGAACCCAGUACACAGUGUGUGUCAACAUUGUACUCCAUAAUAUUACAAUGCGCGAGGCUAUCUUACGUGAACAAUGCAUGGAGAUUAUGACAACCGAUGAGUAUAUUUCCAAUCUCAACUGGAAAACAGUCACUGUCCUGGCUGCAAUAUUAGUUUUUAUAUUUGCUGUAAUACUAAUAAUUGCGUUGAUGAUUCAACGACGAAGACUUCUGAAAUACUACAUACGCACUGUGAAGAUUACUCCCCCACCAGCAGAGCUUACGAAAAAAAUCGAGAUCACGAAACUAACAAAUCCAAAUGUUAUAUCAAACACUCUACCAAUGCAUAUAAAGACAACUGUAUGUAAUGGGGAGUUACCGAUUUUACGCAAAGCAGAAACACAAACGUGUGAUCUAGAUCGCGUUGAUGUUGUAGACCAGCAGACACAAACACCGCCGUAUGUUGAACGACAUACAAAACCACGUCGUGGGAAACCACUAAGCUCGUGUAGCGGAUAUUCGUCAAAUUCAUCAAACUCUUCAUCAUCGGUAAGGUACACAAGUUUGCCGAGUAGCUACCCAUUUCAAAAUAAUCCACCGGUACCAAAUCAUAUCAACAUUAAUAUAGAUGAGAGAAAGUUGUCAUUUAACGUUGCGGCUAAGAGUGACACCACACAAAAACAUGUGAGCAAAGUGUCACAACGCACAAUGUUCACCACCACAACCAAAUUAGAGACAAAGGAACGAGAGAAUGAGGAUAGUGAUAAUGACGCACCUGUACCGUACUUCUUGCCGAGAUUUAACACUUUAUACAAAUCAAACAGUCUUCGGGGUGUGAUGGAUUGUAACCAAUGCUAAAUUGGGAAUGAAAUGUUGAACUAUGGGAUAGUUAAAUCUAUACUGUACUGUACAAUAAAUUUGAUAAAAUACAAACUUUAUCAUGUGUGUGUGUGUGUGAUGUAUGUAAAAUUAAACAAAGAAUGAAUGAUGAAAGUUCUGCUAGUUAUUUAUAUUAAAAGAUGCGUCACUGUCUAAAUAUAGAAAACCCUCUUUUUAAAAAUCAAAUGGACACUGAAAAACUAAUUUUAUUAUUAUCAACUUUCAAAGAUACAAAGAAAUUAAAUUGUAUUUUUUAAUUGUUUUUAGCAUCAAUAGUGUUUUGAUAUCCAAUUAACAGUAAAAAUAUGCUGCAGAAUUGUGUGUGUAUAAAUUAUGAACAUCAGAGUUAUGAAGUUUAUUAUUGUAUAAUUUGUAUAGAGCACGUUAUUAAAUUUAUUAUUAAUGAAUCAAAAACAUCUUUCACAAUAUUAUUAUUUUAAAAAUAUGAAUAUGCACAGAAUAAGAUUAAACAUGAAUAGUUAUAUUUGUCUGCACAUAUCGUAGGCCUAUGCAUAAAAAUAGGAGACAUGUCUCUAAUAUUCGUGCAUGCAAAUGCUAUGUUGCAGCAUUUUUACUUGCGUAUAUCUGGUAGGAGGAGUGUUUGGUGACGGGCAUGUUUGGUGGUGUGUGUGUGUUGGAUGGUGGGCAUGUUGGGUGUUGGAUGUGUUUGAUAGUGGACAUGUUGAGUGGUGGGCAUGUUGGGUGGUGGUAAAACAUCUGCUGUUGUAAGUAGCAUUCUAAUGCAGUAAUUUGUGUACAUAACAAUACAGUUGCCUAAUGCAUUGUUAUAAUAUAGCAACCUACACAUCAUAUAUUUAUUAGAGUAUCAUCAGAAUUUAGUUUAAAAAUAUCUCAGUUUCACACAUGAUACUUCUUUUUUGAAAGAUGCAUCAUUAGAACUAUAAUCAUGAGUUUUUACUGAAACUGAGCAGAAUAUAUUACAAAUAUUUAUCACCUAAAAAACAGGUGUGAACAGACCUUUAAAUAAUCUCUUAGAAGUGUAAAGUUGGUGAAAAUGUAAAAUGUUUGAAUAUAUUUGUUAAUAAAGAACAUUGUCUUACAUGA